CGAGCUCAGAAUACUGCUUAUAAAUACUCUAGUUUCACUCGUUCUUGUCUGAGCUACUUCUGGGUCUGUUUCUUUUCAUUUGGGGAAAGCUAUUUCUCUCUGCUAAACAAAAAGGCGAAAAUGUCUUCUCCAAGCAAACGCCGGGAGAUGGAUUUGAUGAAACUGAUGAUGAGUGAUUACAAGGUGGAGAUGGUCAAUGAUGUCAUGCAAGAGUUUUAUGUGGAAUUCAAUGGACCCAAAGACAGUCCUUACCAGGGAGGGGUGUGGAGAAUAAGAGUAGAACUGCCAGAUGCUUAUCCUUAUAAAUCUCCAUCUAUUGGCUUUGUCAACAAGAUCUACCAUCCAAAUGUUGAUGAAAUGUCAGGUUCAGUUUGUUUAGAUGUUAUCAACCAAACCUGGAGCCCCAUGUUUGAUCUGGUAAACGUAUUUGAAGUUUUUCUUCCUCAGCUUCUUUUGUAUCCCAAUCCAUCUGAUCCACUGAAUGGAGAAGCUGCUGCUCUAAUGAUGCGUGAUCGCACUGCUUAUGAACAAAGAGUGAAAGAAUACUGUGAGAAAUAUGCAAAGCCAGAUGAUGUUGGGGCCAAGCCGGAAGAAAAAUCAAGUGAUGAGGAGCUGAGUGAUGAUGAUGAUUAUGCCUCCGAGGAUGAGCAAGUUGCUGGCAAAGCUGAUCCUUAAUUGCGUGUAUACAUGCAAUCUAAUUGUCUGUAUCUGUACAUGAUAUUCAGCUCUUGGGAAAUGAGACCCUUAACAAACUGAAGGCUCAUGGGAAAAUUCCUGCCCCUUCUGUCUUUUAUUUUCCAUGGAUGUACUGUAAAUUAUUCAACUCAGGAUCAAUGCCUUCAAUAUUCAUUUCAUGUUGGAACUAA